UAUAAAAUUCGGCAAAGAUCCCACAAAAGAAAACUAUCGGAUAAACAAAAUAUUGUUCAGACAUUCUGUAGAUCUCUCUAUCCACUGUUCACUGUGGUGGAAUGCCAUUGUAGAAGCUCUGAAGCUCAUCCAUGGCGUCCUCUGCAACCCUUCUUUCUCUCUCCCCAUUACCUUCUCAUUCUCCCCUUCAUAACCAUUCAGCCAACCCCAAAAUCCCAACUAUUCGUUACCGCCUCAGCAGACUAUGCCAAGAAGGUCAGCUUCAUCUUGCCCGCCAACUCUUCGACACUCUUCCUCGCCCUUCCACCGUUCUUUGGAACACAAUCAUCAUUGGAUUGGUCUGCAACAACUUCCCCGAUGAAGCCCUUCUCUUCUACAGCAAUAUGAAAUCGUCUUCUCCACAAGUUAAGUGCGAUUCCUACACUUACUCUUCUAUUCUCAAGGCCUGUGCCGAUACUCGCAAUCUCGUGGUUGGUAAGGCCGUACAUGCUCAUUUUCUUCGAUGUUUGAUGAAUCCUAGUAGAAUUGUGCAUAAUUCCCUUUUGAAUAUGUAUUCUAUGUGUUUGAGCACUACCCCAGAUGGUAAAAUGGCUCCUGGUCAUUCGGGGCAUGAUUUGGUACGCAAGGUGUUUGAUACAAUGCGUAAGAGAACUGUCGUUGCUUGGAAUACCCUUAUUGCUUGGUAUGUUAGAACAGAGAGGUAUGCUGAAGCUAUGAAACAAUUUAGGCUGAUGUUGAAACUUGGCAUAAAGCCAAGCCCAGUUAGUUUCGUUAAUGUGUUUCCUGCCUUAUCAUGUUUGAGGGACUUAAAGAAAGCCAAUGUUGUUCAUGGAAUGCUUGUGAAGUUCGGCAGUGAAUAUGUUAACGACCUUUAUGUUGUGAGCUCUGCAAUUUUUAUGUAUGCUGAGCUCGGUCGGCUCGAAUGUUCUAAGAAGGUUUUCGACAGUUGUUUGGAGAGAAACACGGAGGUUUGGAAUACAAUGAUCAGUGCCUAUGUUCAAAACAAUUGUCCUUUUGAAGGAAUUCAACUCUUUCUUCAAGCUAUGGAGUCUGAAGAUGCUGCUCUUGAUGAAGUAACUCUUCUUUCAGCCAUAGCAGCAGUUUCACACUUGCAGAAGUUUGAAUUAGCAGAACAGUUGCACGCAUUUGUCGUCAAGAAUGUAGCCGUGUCGCAAGUUUGUGUAAUGAAUGCCCUCAUUGCCAUGUACUCCAGGUGCAACUCAACUGAUGUAUCAUUUAAAAUUUUCGAUUAUAUGCCUGAAAAGGAUGUUGUUUCAUGGAAUACAAUGAUCUCUGCUUUUGUUCAAAAUGGAUUGAAUGAUGAAGCAUUAAUGCUUUUCUAUGAGAUGCAGAAGCAAGGUAUGAUGAUUGAUUCUGUGGUUGUUACCGCUCUGCUUUCAGCAGCUUCAGAUCUUAGAAACCCCAAUAUUGGUAAGCAAACUCAUGGCUAUCUACUUAGGAAUGGUAUCCAAUUUGAGGGAAUGGAUAGCUAUCUUAUAGACAUGUAUGCUAAAUCUGGUUUGAUUGAGGCUGCUCAAAAUGUAUUUGAGAAAAACUAUAGUCAUGAAAGAGAUCAAGCUACUUGGAAUGCCAUGAUGUCCGGCUAUACACAAAACGGCCUCGUCCAUCAGGCCUUUCUUGUCCUUAGGCAGAUGCUCGACCAAAAGAUAACGCCUAAUGUUGUGACACUAGCUUCGAUUCUUCCUGCUUGUAAUCCAUCAGGGUACAUAGAUUGGGGCAAGCAACUCCAUGGAUUCUCCAUCCGUAAUGACUUGGACCAAAAUGUUUUUGUUGCAACUGCUCUUAUCGACAUGUAUUCCAAAUCAGGGUCGAUCGCCAAUGCUGAAAAUGUUUUUAGAAAAGCCAGUGAGAGAAGUAUAGUCACUUAUUCCACCAUGAUAUUGGGUUAUGGUCAACAUGGGAUGGGUGAGCGUGCUCUCUCUAUGUUCCACACAAUGCAAAAAUCUGGUAUUAGGCCUGAUGCAGUUACCUUCGUAGCAAUCUUGUCUGCCUGUAGUUAUUCGGGUUUGGUCGACGAAGGCCUUCAAAUUUUUGAGUCAAUGAGAACUGUAUAUAACAUUCAACCAUCCAUUGAACACUUCUGUUGUGUAGCAGACAUGCUGGGGAGGGUCGGGAGAGUGGACGAAGCCUAUGAGUUCGUCGUAGGAUUAGGGGAACAAGGGAAUGCAAUGGAAAUUUGGGGAUCUCUUCUUGCUGCUUGUAGGAUUCAUAAACAAUUUGAAUUAGGAAAGGUUGUUGCCAUGAAGUUGCUUGAAAUGGAGAAAAGAAAUGGGAAGACAGGUUACCACGUUUUGCUUUCGAAUAUAUAUGCGGAGGAAAGAAACUGGGAAAACGUCGAUAUCGUUCGAAAACAAAUGAGGGAGAGAGGUUUGAAAAAGGAAACUGGAAGCAGUUGGAUUGAGAUUGCUGGUUAUAUGAACCAUUUUGCUUCAAAGGAUAGGAAACAUCCACAAUCCGAUCAGAUAUACAACAUGUUGGAGGAAUUACUGAUGGAGAUGAAACAUGCUGGUUAUAAGCCACAGUCCACCUCCUAUGCCGGCGGUCUUCUGGAGCCUGAUGAAUGAUACAUUUGCCAUGUUCAGGAGAAGAAGCGGCUGAGCUCUUGAUGAUUUAGCCUUACAAACAUUGCUAAUGCUGCACGAGUUAUCUUACAGCAAAGGCAUGACAUCACCUCCUCCUCCUCUUCUUCUUCUUCUUCUUCUUUUCCCAGCACCAACUGUUAUAUAACAAGCCAAACUUCACCUACAUCUCCCUGCAAGACUCUUCAAGAAAUGA